UCGAAUGCAUCACGGAGCGUUGAAACAAUCCGUCAGUAAAGUCGAUAAAAGUAAACCCUUUUUAAUUAAAUAGUCUUGUGAUCGACGUUUGAGUGUUUUUUACCACAAGAAAAAAAUAUUAUGUGGGAAAAAAUACAAAAAUAACAAGCAGCUACUCGAUGACCUUUCACCUUUGAUUAGCAAGCAGGCAGGCAGCAGUAAUGGACGGAAGGAGACAUGACCCACCAUCGUGCUGCACUGCAGGCCGGAUAACAGAGUGAGACGUCAAGCAGGAGAGAACCGACACACAAGGCCUCUGAACGGUUGUGAUGGUGCUCGAGGGUGGAGGACCUCAGACGUGAGGCUUUAGGGGUGCAGCAGUGCGGCCCUGGCACGGCCGGACGACACCAUGCAGCAAAAAGGAGCCAUCCGGAUUAUCGAAUGGGAGGACCUGGACAAGAGGAAGUUCUACUCCCUGGGCGUGCUCAUGACAUUGACCACGCGGGCCACCGUGUACCCUGCCAGCCUCAUCCGCACCCGGCUGCAGGUGCAGAAGGGAAAGACGCUCUACUCGGGCACGGCGGACGCCUUCUGCAAGAUUCUGCGAAACGAGGGCGUGCGGGGCCUCUACCGCGGCUUCAUGGUCAACACCUUCACGCUGCUCUCGGGCCAGGCGUACAUCACCACCUACGAGCUGGCGCGCAAGUACGUGUCCCAGUACUCGACCAGCAACACGCUCAAGUCGGUGGUGGCGGGCGGGGCGGCGUCCCUGGUGGCGCAGACCAUCACGGUGCCCAUAGACGUGGUGUCGCAGCACCUGAUGAUGCAAGGGCAGAGCGAGCACAUGACUCGCUUCAGGGCCAAACCCAAAAUGAUGCUGACCACCACAAAACGCAGACUCACUUUUGGGCAGACCAGGGAGAUUUCGGUACAAAUCUUUGCGGCGGAUGGCUUGAGGGGCUUCUACAGGGGCUACGUGGCGUCGCUGCUCACCUACAUCCCAAACAGUGCCCUCUGGUGGCCUUUUUAUCACUUUUACACAGAAAAGCUGUCUUUGAUCGCACCCAGCGAGUGCCCCCACCUCAUUCUGCAGGGGCUGGCAGGUCCGAUGGCUGCCGCCACCGCCUCCACCAUCACCAACCCCAUGGACGUGGUCCGAGCGAGGGUGCAGUGCUCAAUCUUCCUGCUGCCCUCAGUUUCUUCUUGGAUAAAAAGUCUCCAAACACAAAGAGUAAAAAAUUGGAAGGCCGCUCGUCGGUGGUGGAGACCUUCAAGCAGCUGCUGGCGGAGGAGGGCGUGUGGGCUAUGACCAAAGGGCUGUCGGCCCGCAUCAUCUCCGCCAUGCCUACGUCGGUGCUCAUUGUAGUGGGCUACGAGACCCUCAAGAGGCUCAGCCUCCGGGCAGACCUGGUCGAGUCCAGGCACUGGUGAGGAGCCUCUCGCCGCAUUUUUACCUCAUCGCAGCGUCACCACUAGGCCAAGACACUGCCAAAAAAUGUACAGACUUUAUUUUGAAAUCUCUUUAAAAAAGGACCGUAGCGUGAUUAGAAACUGCUGUUCAUUAUAUGUAUAUGAGAUUUGCAACAUUAAGUUACAACUUUUUAGACGGCAGAACCUCCAUGUGGAUCAGUUUGCUUUUUUGUGCCAAAAAGCUGCCUUGAGAGCACAGUAGAUGUCUUGAGUGCAUUCCAGUGACCAUACUUCACAAAAUAAUUUAGAAUGCACCUUUGUAAAGACAAAAACAUGUUUCAGGACACCUAAAUAGCAAAAUCACUGUUUUAUUAUAUGUGCUGCAGUUCUAAGAACUUUUAAAAAAUAUAUAUACACACACACAAACCUUCACAUUUUGUGUCUAAUUUUUACGACACAAAGCACCAGCAAGCCAACGAGCCAGAACAAGAACCACAACAAAAACGGUCUUCCGUUAAAAACGCAAGGACGCUUUUCUGUGUUUGUAUGAACUGGAUUUUUUUUUUUUUUUUUUUUAAAUAGCAGCACUUAAAUGAGGAGCAUUGAUGGACUGGUGCUGAGCUUCUCACAUAAAUCUACCGACUACCUACUGUACUGUAAUGUAUGCCGUUCUAGGAAUUUUUGCUGUAACAGUGGGUGAAUGACAUGAAUAAAACAAUCUGUACAGUG